UAUGCUUUCCCCGCUUUCAACUUCCAGUGGGGGGUUUAAGCGUCCUCCGCUUAACGAUUCUCAUUUUCAUGAGCAUUUAUGCAUGUAUUUGCGAAGAAUUUUUCAAGAUGGCGCCAGCAGUAAACGGAAAGAAUGCAAAGUCAAAUCACAAGCAAUUAAAAAGGAUUUGUAUGGAAUAGUGCAUCAUCAAAUGCGAAUAUCGGAAAAUCAAGGUUACUCUCAUGAAGCGGCGACUUCACACUUUCCAGUGAAGUCACCGCUCCGAUAAAUUUCAGUGAUAUGCAAUUCAAUGAUACGAUAAUUCCAAUAACCGGUCCGUUCACUUUUCAAUCCAUUCACAGAUUUCUCUUUUCCUGUUUUGUUCGAGAGUUUCCAUCGGACAGAUUGUAUCGAUUGUUACUUUCCAGUGAAGUCACCACUCCGGUAAAUUUCAGUGAUAUCGUAUCGAUUGUUACUUACUAUCGUGAUCCAAAACCUGUAAUCGAAAUAUUACCAGUAAGAUCGUAUCAAGGAUUUGAAUCACACCCCUCUUUGAAAAGUAUUGAUCACUGGUAUUUGUGACUUUUUGAUAUUGGUUAGAACCACUGUUAAUAGAUAAGCUUUCUCUUCUCAAUACUUUCUCUGUUGAAGAAAGAAGUAGUGUUCACAAGUUCGUUUCAGUCAGAAUGGAAAAUUUUCUUCGGAUCCUGAUUCGGCAUAAACCCUUUAAAAUAAAAUAAAAAAUUGUCUUUCCUUGAAACUUGUGGUUUUAAAAAAAGAGAAAAAAUGUUGCAUUACAUGAUGAAAAAGAAUACAAGCAGUAUAAACUGUUAAUAUAUAUAUAUUAUUACAAAGUGAUAAAAACGUAUUUCUGACAUGCCGACCUUGGCGACAAAAGGAAUCUUCUAGAAGACUCCAGAUGGUCCCAACAUUAUAUAACCGAGACCAGUUUUUCCUUGAAACUUGGAGAAAGUUCUUUAACUUUCCCAAGAUUACGUCACUUCCUGUAAGUGACAUCACUUCCUGUGGGAAGACUAUAAAAAAAGCAAGCACUUAAGACCGGGGAAUAUUAGAGGAUUAGACUGCAAGCAAACUGCUGAACUAGCGAUUAAAUGCGCUGCUUUAUUACGAUUGAUUGACGGUAUUUGUAGUAGAAAAUAUUUUGUAACAUUUGGUGUCAGAAGUGGGAUUAGUUGGAUUUUCUUGUGUAUGCCUUGAACCAGAGGAAUGGAUGAAAAAUUCGCAAAGCUAUUUACCAUGAUGGCAGAAAUGAAAGCUGGACAGGACGAAAUGAGGAAAGGCCAAAAGGAAUUGAAGGAUCAGAUUCAAAUGCAUGUCGAGAGUCAAGUCAAGGGAAUUAAGGAUCACGUUAAUAGUUGCAUGGAGAAGAUAGAAGAAGACGUCCAGAGUGUCGAGAGGGAGAUUGGAGAAGUGAGGGACAAGGCUGGAACUAAUAUCGAAGUAGUUCAGGAGAGGAUCGGCAAUCUCGAGAAGAAACUUAGUGAACUCGAGGACAGACCAAACAACUUCCUACCAAGUCCAGAAUUCUCGUAUACCAGACCGACAGUCAAACCAUUGACAUUUGAUGGACAGACAUCAUGGACUGUUUUUAAAACCCAAUUUGAUGUUGUCAUGUCUACAAACGGAUGGACAGAUGCUGUAAAAGCCAGCCAACUUGUAGCGUCUCUCCGAGGAUCAGCGGCGGAGGUUCUUCAAGGAAUUAAAGCUGAAAAGCUGAUGGACCUAAUGACAAUUGAAAAAGCUCUGGAAUCCAGAUUUGGGGACAUCCAUCUAACCCAAUUUUACAGAACAGAGCUGAAGACAAGACGACAGAAGGCAGGAGAAAACCUUCAAGUUUUGGCCGCGGAUGUGGAGCGAUUAAUGAGCCUGGCUUACGCCGAAUGCCCUCGGGAUGUUCGGGAAAGCCUAGCAGUGCAGUAUUUCGUCGAUGCCAUCAGAGACGAAGGCACACAGCUUGCAACGAGGCUAAUGGAUGAAAAAGAUCUAAAAUCAGCUCUAGCUUAUAGCAUGAAGUAUGAGGCUGCAAAAACUGUUUCCCGGAGUCCCAGACAUGUCAGACCGAUUGAGAUUCAGAAUGAUGCCGGCAGGAAAAGUUAUGACAAAUUUGAGUCACUCUGCAGAAUGCUGGAAAAAUUAGUGAACAGUCGUUAUGGUGAAAAGAAUAACAUCCCUCGCCGAAAACCGAAUGUGACUUAGUGGAGAUGCAACAAGAAGGGGCAUUUACAGAGAGUGCUCGGUGGUUGUUUCCAAUCAGGGAAACUAACUCAUGGCCGUCUUGCGGGGCGAAGACUGCCUUUUCUGAAUGAAGCCCCUGAAGAAGGACCGAGAGUUUCCGCUCUUAGUGGAAAUAAAAAUUGACUUUACUUAGAAGGACUUAUUUGCGGCAUCCAAUGUAUGAUGUUGGUAGAUACGGGAGCAAAUGUCACACUUUUAAGAACAGACUUGGCCCAGAAAUCAAAAGAACAAUUUUAUUACACGGCUCCUAAUAUUUCUUUAAAGACUGAUACAGGUGAAAAUGCGAAAAUACAUGGUAAAUUAGAUGCAUCCAUUGAAUUGGGAUCAAGAAAAUUUCAUCAUAAGAUCUACAUAGCUGACAUCACCGAUCCUUGUAUUAACUUUACUGUAGACCUUAAGAGAAACGAGAUACGGACAGUAGGGGAAGAAAUUCCCCUGUUUUCAGCCGAUGUACAGAAUUCAAAGUCAUGUUAUGUAUUGGCCAAGGAGAGAACUUUAAUACCGCCAAGAUCUGAAUGUCUUAUCCAGGGGGUUCCUGAAGUUUCUACACAGUUCAGAUACGCCGUAACGGACUUUCCUAGUCAAGUUUCCCAAAAGGGUGUGCUUGUGGCGGCCUCACUGAUUGAUUUAAAAACGGAAGCCAUCCCCGUUCGAGUAUUGAAUCUGAACAAUAAACCAAAGAUCGUGAACAACGGAACUGUUAUUGCGUCGUGUGACCCGGUGGUGGAUAUCGUCGCUCGUCCUCAAGAGUUUUCUGGAGCACAUCCUCCGAUAAUUUUGGAGAAUCUUGAAGGAUUGAUGAACAGCAACAGAGAUAUGUAAGAAAAUUACUUAAUGAAUUUCAAAGCUUGUUUUCGACCUGUGAAUCUGAUGUUGGCCGGUGUAAAUCAUAGAAUCGAUACCGGUGACCAUCCACCAACUAAACAACACUCCAGACGAUUGCCCCUUGCAAAGAAGGAAGAAACAGAGAAACUAAUUAAAGAAAUGGUUGACAACGAAAUAAUUGAGGAAACGUCUAGCCCUUGGGCUUCACCUAUUGUUCUUGUCAAAAAGAAAGAUGGAUCGACAAGAUUCUGCGUAGACUACAGGAAAUUGAACGAAAUUACUAAAAAAGACAGUUAUCCUCUACCGCGAAUAGACGAUACCCUGGAUGCUUUGAACGGAAAUCAAUGGUUCACGACGCUGGAUUUGAAAAGUGGAUACUAGCAGUUAGAGAUCCGACAUGAAGAUAGAGAAAAGACAGCUUUCACCACAAGACAAGGCCUUUGGCAAUUCAAGGUAAUGCCUUUCUGACUUUGUAAUGCUCCUGCAACAUUCGAAAGACUAAUGGAGACAGUAUUACGUGGACUAUCGUCUGAAGCCUGUUUAGUGUAUUUAAAUGACAUCAUAGUAGUAGGACGGACAUUUGAAGAGCAUUUGAAUAAUCGGAAAGUAUUCCAGAGACUACAGAAAGCCAACCUUAAGUUAAGUCCUAAGAAAUGCUGAUUCUUCCAAAAGCAGGUAGUUUACCUCGGACAUGUUAUUUCAGCAGAGAGAGUUAAAACCGAUCCAGAGAAAAUUACGGCAGUAGUCGAUUGGACCCAGAAGAUUGGAAAUGAAGAACGCGUCAUCGCUUACUUCAGCAAGAGCUUGGGAAAGUCAGAAAGAAAUUAUUGUGUCACACGUAAAGAAUUACUAGCCAUUGUAAAGUCUGUAGAGCAUUUCCAUCACUAUCUCUAUGGACGGAAAUUUCUUCUCCGGACUGAUCAUGCUUCCUUGAGAUGGCUUUUAAAUUUUAAAGAACACGAAGGUCAGAUAGCUCGCUAGAUUCAAAGACUUUAGGAGUAUGAAUUCGAGAUACAGCAUCGCAAAGGGAUCUCUCACGGAAACGCAGAUGUCCUCUCUCGAAGACCCUGUAGGGAAAGCUGCAAACAUUGCACGAAUGCGGAAAAAAGUUAGGAAUGGAAACGGAUAUUUCCGUGAAAGUUUUAACAAAAACAACGGUGGAUCCCUGGUCUUCAAGUGAGAUACAAAAAGCACAGUUGGAAGAUCCCGCUAUUAAGCCAAUUUUGAAGAAGAAACUAAAUUCGGCGGAUCGACCAUCUUGGCAAGAAAUCGUUCCGGAAAGUCCGGCAACGAAACGAUACUGGGCACUUUGGGACUAAUUAUAUCUGAAAGACGGUGUUGUAUACCGCAAAUGGGAGAGGGAUGAUGGAACCACCUGCCGAUGGCAAUUAAUUCUCCCAAAGAGUAGAAUUCCAGAAGCUCUGCGAGAGACUCGUGACAGCCCAAGUGGAGGGCAUUUUGGAAUCAUGAAAACCUUGAGUAAAACAAGGGAACGAUUUUAUUGGGAUCGACUACGCGCAGACGUUGAAAAAUGGCGCAGGGAAUGCCAUGCUUGCGGUGCCCGAAAAGGACCUAAAACAAGGACGAAGGGUCGUUUACAACGGUAUAAUAUGGGAGCACCAUUUGAAAGAAUUGCUUUGGACAUCCUAGGACCUUUUUCUGUGACAACAAAGGGUAAUGCCGGCGUCCUGGCAUAGGGGUAGCGCAUCUUCCCCGUGAUCCGGACGUCCUGGGUUCGAGUCCCGGUUUGGGCAUGGUUGUUCUUCCGUUGUUCUAUCUGUGAGAUGUGUGAAUGUGCCCUCCUGUAAAAAGGAGUUGUGCAAGCGAAUGAGUGAUGCGUGAGUAGCAAAGUCGUACUCUUGGCCCUAGUUGGCGCCACUAUGAAAAACAAGAGGCGCUCCCCCACCGGCUUAAAAUCGCUGAUAACAGCGGGCUUGUCCAUGGCAAGUGCCAUAAGAAACAACAAACAAAGGGUAAUAAGUAUGUUCUGGUGUUAAUGGACUAUUUUACCAAGUGGCUCGAAGCAAUUCGCAUUCCAGAUCAGGAGGCCUCGACUGUAGCUGGAGAAUUAGUUCGAAGCUGGAUCUCAUGUUAUGGCGUGUCCUAUGAUUUUGCAUUCUGAUCAAGGAACAAAUUUUAAUCCCGCGCUCUUUACUGAACUUUGUAAACUUUUGGGGAUUGAGAAGACUCGCACGACAACGUUGCAUCCCGAGUCCGAUGGAAUGGUUGAAAGGUUUAAUCGAACAACUUUAAACAAGUCGUGCAGUCUUCGAAGGGGGGAGCAGUAUUGCGAAGUGAUAAAAACGUAUCCCUGACAUGCCGACCUUGGCGACAAAUCUUAGCGACGAAAGGAAUCUUCUAGAAGACUCCAAAUGUUCCCAACAUUAUAUCAUCGAGACCAGUUUUUCCUUGAAACUUGGAGAAAGUUCUGGAACUUUCUCAAGAUUACGCCACUUCCUGUAAAUGACAUCGCUUCCUGUGGGAAGACUAUAAAAAAAAGCAAGCACUCAAGACCGGGGGAUAUUAGAGGAUUAGACAGCAAGUAAACUGCUGAACUAGCGAUUAAAUGCGCUGCGUUAUUACGAUUGAUUGACGGUAUUUGUAGUAGAAAAUAUUUUGCAACAAUAUAUAUAUAUACAGUACACUCCCGAUUAUCCGCGGAAUUGGGUGGCGCGGCCGCCGCGGAUAACAAAAAUCGCAGAUAAUCCGAAAAAAGCUAAAAACAGGUAAAGCAAAAGAGAAAACAGUCAUUCCAACUUUGAAAAAUCGUUUUAUGUACAAUAAAACGUAAAAUAAACAGUAGGAAAUGUUUAACUAACGCUUAAUAUUUUAGUAUAUCACUCAAAACUAACCUAAAAUGCAUUUUGUUAAUAAAAACAGAAAAAAGCUUUGUACUUACGAGAUGCAUCAAGGAUACACAGAAAAAUUAAUACAUAUGUACUGUUUUAAUACUGUAAUGUAUUAUGUAAUUACAAAAGCAUAACAGUAAAACUACACCUUUUUGAAGAAAUCAGUCAUUUGUGUUUGUUUCUUGCUUUGGAAGCAUUUUCUAUUGAUCCGAGAUUGCAGUUUUCGUAGCAUCAGUUUCUCGUCCAACUCCGCGUCGUCUUGUUCUUCCAAAUAGCUCAGCAGUCCGUCGACUUAUUGCAAAGCCGCUUCGUGAGUCUUCCGCAUCUGCACAGUGGACUCUUCGCCUUCACUUCGCUCUCCUUCAUUCUCGGUCUCUCCCCUUGCUUUCUUCACAAUUUCAUCAUCUGUCAAGCGUUCGAAGCCAGGUUCGUUGACGCCACACUCCAACCACUCGUUAAUGUUUUCAGCAUCGACGUUCUCACCACCCGGAACUGUUUUCACCAUAUCGGCAAGAGUUGCCGUGGGCGUGUCUACAUCUACAUUCUCUUCUUCACAACUCAAAGGGGUUAGGUUGUUGUUGGCUUCAACAUUAGGCAUGAGUUUUCUCCAUGAUUUUAUGAGGGUUGACGGUUUCACUGAUUCCCAUGCAGAUGCAAUAUCGUAGAUGCUGUCCAAGAUUGUGUAGUGUUUCCAAAACUCUUUCAGAUCAUAACCUUCUUCAAUUUUGGUCAUUAGCAGCUUGGUUUGGUAUGUUCUCUUCAUUGUUGCAAUGACUCCUUGGUCCAUGGGUUGGACCAGCGCAGUAACGUUUGUGGGGAGAAACUUUGCAAAAAUUUGUCCAUCAGAAGACUUUAGUACGCUUGUUGUUGGGUGAGAAGGUGCGUUGUCGAUCAAUAGCACAGCUUUUUCAAGCAGGAUUUUCGACUUAAGAUGUUUGAACAACACUUGAAUAACAAAGAUUUUUUUCGAACCAUUCUUGAAAAAUGUCUCGGUUCAUCCAUCCUUUUUUUUUUUUUUUUUUUUUUU